AGUUUGCUAGGUCGGGCAAGAGUUGGUGGAACUUGUAACGUCGAUAGUAAGUGUUCUGUCACCGAGAAUAGCGGUCUAUCAGCAGGUCUUACUAUGGCGCACGAAACCGGACAUUCCCUUGGGGUGAGUCACGAUAUAAGCUAUGGAUGUACAGAAGGUCUAAACAUCAUGUCUACCAGUUCAGCACGGAGUAAUGGAGCAUUUGAAUGGUCAUCAUGCAGCUCAGAACAUAUGAAGAUCUUCAUCAGCUCUCGAGACUGUAUGGAUGAUUUUCCAACUACUGCCCUGGCUCCCAUUCUAGAGCUUCCGGGUCAAAGUGUCGAUGACCAGUGCAAGAUGGUUCUUGAUAACCCAUUGGCCUACAGCUGCGCUUCGUUUGUAAGUUGGAAAUUAUUUCAUUCUUUACCAGCUUUACAAAACCAAACCCUCUUCAAAUUCUAUUGCAUGUACUGA